UAACAUGGCGACUUUCAUUGACAAAAUAUAAACACACUUUGAUAUUGUGUUUGCUUUUAUAUAAUGGCGCCUAAAAUGAUUUUAUGUGAAGGAAAUUGCUAAAAUCCAUAACGUGAAUUCAUCCCCGUCGGCAGAAAACGAGAAAUUGAAUGAUUCUGAGGGUAAACAGAGUUUGAAUGAGGGUAUAAAGUAUAAACGAUAUCGACGUAAUGGACGAGGAGAACAAUUCUACGUCGAAUUUGGAAGAAGAUGAUGGAACCAAACAAUUAGAACCAAACACACUCGCUGGGAUUGAUGUUAUGAUAGAUGAAUCUCAGGAUGGACAUACCGAUGCGGUUUCAAGCGAUUUGACGGAUAAAAAGAAAGAAACACACGUUGAUUUGAAAGAUACACCUGUUCAUUGGGAACAUGCCGAAAAUAGCCCAAUUGCAGAUAGCAAAGAAGCCGAAAAAGUGCAGUCUAAUUCUUUAAAACAACCGACGAAUAGCGAAAUUAUUAACGAAAGUAACAUGAGUGAUGUUAAUAGGUCAAAAUCGACUAACUCCACAGACGAAUCAGAGAAUGGCCAAAGGAAUACGAACGACAUCAAUAAUUCUGGAGAAUCAAAGACUGACGAUACUAAAAAUAAUGUCGAAGAAUCCAAAUUUGACGAGAAAAACGAUGAUCCAGGUGGUCCAAGCAGUUCACAAGGACCAAAAACUGGUGGUAGCCAAAAUGAACCCGAUCAAAAUGAAUAUUUAGAUGACAAUAAUAGUCCACAUUACGUCAAAUGGAUAACGUGGAAAGGAAUGAAGACCGCCAUUGUUACGCAGAAUGAUAAUGGCCCAUGCCCUUUACUUGCAAUUAUAAAUAUUUUGUUAUUAAGGAGAGUUAUUGAAUUCCCAAGCAUGCAAGAAAUGGUCACCACGCAGCAACUUAUGGAUUAUUUGGGUGAUGUUGUGCUAAAGGAGAUUCCAGAGAAUUUAGCAGAAGGAGCACAAAGAAACUUUGAACAAAACAUGCAAGAUGCUUUGGGCAUUUUGCCAAAACUCAAAACUGGUCUGGACGUCAAUGUUAGAUUUACAGGUGUUGGUGAAUUUGAAUUUACACCAGAAUGUGUAAUAUUUGACUUAUUGAGUAUUCACCUUUAUCAUGGAUGGCUGGUUGAUCCCCAGAGUACCGAAUACAAAAAGGCGAUAAAGAACCUUAGUUAUAAUCAACUGGUAGAGAAAAUUGUUGCAAGUAAAGAAAGUAAUGAAGAUAGUGAAUUAUCAUCUGAGGGUCUUUUAGCAGAGACGUUCCUCCAAGAUACAGCGAACCAGCUCACAUAUCAUGGUGUCUGCGAGUUGAACGCUAAAUUAAACCGAGAUGAAUUAUGUGUGUUUUUCAGAAAUAAUCAUUUCAGUACAUUGUACAAACAUAAGGGUGAAUUAUUUCUGCUUCUGACCGACCAAGGUUUUCUGACCGAGGACAAAAUUGUUUGGCAAACGUUAUCAAACGUGGAUGGAAGUGGUGUGUUCGUUGAUUGCAAUUUCAAAAGCUUAUCAAUGAAAAACGAGCCUGUGCAGUCCAACUGGUCAACGGGCAACCCCGCUUUAUCCCAAGAGGACCAAGACUACAUGUUAGCCUUGUCAAUCCAGAACGAACAACAACAAGGGCCGCAACCAUCUUCCCCAGCACAGCCCCAGUUACCCGACGCCGCACUACACCCCCAAGAAAACCGGGGAAAUGAUAUGAGCGAACAGGAAUUCUACGAUUUGCAGUUCGCGAGGCAACUCCAUCAGGAAGAACAAGCGAGGGUUGGAGUUGGCGUGCCACAACAGCAUCAAAGACAACAACAACGACAACAGCAAGUGCUUCAAAGAAGAACAGGACGCCGCCAAUCACCCCCUCCCCCUGGUGUGCACGAAAACAUCCAAAAUAGGGAAAGAGAAGGGACCUGUGUAAUUCUUUGAAGAGCUCCAAGUUUGCAUAUGAACGAUGGUCAUUUGUCUGGAGUGAAUAAUAGCCUGAUAAUAGCUAAUGUGCAAUGACGGAUAAUAUAAGAAAAACAUUAAAUAUAUAAAAUCAAUGUUCACUAUAUUUAUUAUGAAUAAGGGUUAGGUGGACUUUAUGUAAUGUAAAUCCCCGUGGGACGACAUGCAUCUAAGAACAUUAUGCCAAGAUUGCGAUAUGUUAGUAGGCAAGUUCAUAAUCAUGUGCCUGCUCACAGGCUAACCAAAGUCCGCCAUAAUAAAAGCUAAAGAAGCUGGGACAAUCUGAGACUUGCUAAUCAGGCUGUCGCGUCGUACGCGGAAGGACCUGGGUACGAAGAUACUAUCUUGGACAAUUACUUGCACUUGUUUGCACUUGACGUUGAUUAACGUAAAAUUCAAGUCCUUUAAUUGCGCGCUGUUUAUUGGGGUAGAAUAAAAAUUAUUGUAGGAGAAUAUUUUUUGGAUCAUUUGUAAUGUAAUUAUAUGAAUAUGA